UGUCACACUUGACAUAAGUGCAUACACAUAAGACAGACAUGAAGACGAUCUUAAAGGAGUACAACUGGCGCGCGCGCGCUCUCGGAAGACACGCACACAGCAGUGGGCUCCACACGCACACACGCCCGCGCGCGGACUGCUCGGCAUGGCACGCUCUAGCCCUUCAAGCUCCAGCUCUAGCUCCAGCUCUAGCUCCAGCUCCAGCUCCAGCUCCUCCAGCUCUAGCUCUAGCUCUAACUCAAGCUCAAGCUCAAGCUCAAGUUCCAGCUCGGACUCCGAGGUGGAGGUCGUGCGGCCUUCGAAUCCGGAUCAGCAGCAGCGCGGAUCGACCGAUACGAGGAGGAAUCCACCGAAGGAUCCCUCUUCCGGUGGCCUUGGUGCGGUUCAGCAAAGCAUACUCAACUUUGUUCCUUACGCGCCCGUCCUAAGGGUGCCCGGCCCACCGAGGAGGCGCAACAACAAACGCCAAAAGGUGGUGGAAGCAGCGGCAGCGACCCAAGCAGCACCCCGGCCAGCGGCCCACAUCGCCAAGACCAGGGUAGUCAGAGUAAACAAAGAUCGGAGGAAACCACGCGACGAUGGUGAGGAGGGAGACGACGAGGAGGAAGAGGAGGAGGAGGAGGAAGAGGAAGAGGAGAGAGACGCGGUGGGAGGCAAGCGCAAAAAGCUGCCACGGAGUGGGAGGCUGUGGCAGAAAAAGAUUGUUAUCAAACCUGUGGUGGGUGCCCACGAGAGGGUCAAGGACUUUCCGGGCCAGAGGCUGGAAGUUCUGGGCGGCGGCCUCUACUGCCAGGCAUGCAAGAAGUCGCUCCAGAUAAAGAAAUCCACCGUCAAGAACCACUGUCUGUCCAAGGAGCACACCCUGGCAGUGAAGGACUUCGCGAGGAAGCAAGCGGACAUACAGACGUCUCUGGACAUGUUCCAGGAACACUCUGAACUCGCCGGAGGCAGCUACGGCAAUAGUCUUCACCCCAAGGAACUGAUGACGCAGUUGAUGGCAGUGGAGGCGUGCUUGUCUAGCGGGGUUGCUCUCAACGCUCUCGACCAACCGUUGAAGAAAGAGUUUUUUCGGCACGUGGGGGCAAGGCUCCAGACGGCACGACACCUUGCCAACCACAUCCCGUUCAUUCUCAACAAAGAGAAAAAGAAAAUUCUCGAUGAGCUUGGGGACUCCCGGUACUCCAUCACUUUCAACGAGACGCCGUACCGCGCUGCGUGCUUCGGGGUUGGCAUCCGCUUCAUCACCAAGGCAGGAAAGAUUACCCAGCGAGUGCUUAGCUUGAGCAUGCUGAGCAAGUCCAUGGACUUUGCGGCCAUCAACGGCGAAGUCAUGAAGGUCGUGGUGGACGACUACAGGUUGGACCGGCAAAAGUGCGUCGGCUUCAUGCUCGACGGAUGCUCCGCCAACCUGAAGGCCCUCGACACGCUGAAAAUGAACUUUCGGAUCGCUACCGGCGUGCGGUGCUUUUCCCACCUUUGCAAAAACAGCGGCAACGAGAUGAACUCGGAUGACACCGACAAGUUCGCCGGCCACUUGCACACCCUGCUGAGCCACAGCCACAACGCGAAAGACUUGUGGUUGCAAGAGACGGGGGGGGUGGCGCCUCCGAAGCCACCGUCGCACCGCUGGAGCUCGCGUUUUGAGCGGAACGACUGCUUGGUGCGGAACUGGCAGCAGAUGAAGUCCUUCGUCAACAAGUUCACUUCGGCCGACGAGUCCAAGUCCAAGUCGGCCGCUGCGAUGAGGGACACGCUGGCACACGUUCGGCCGGACAACAUCCACCAGGAGCUCGUCUUGCAGCUGGAAUUUGCGGUAGCUGCGGACGUUGGGAUCCACCUCACGCGUGCUACGCAUCUGCUGGAGGGAGACGGGUUUCUGGGUCUGGCCCUCUCCUUGAACCCUCUGCUCCCUGGCCAAUUGGAGAACAAGGUCAACACGCCUAACGUGAACGCGCUCGUGAGGGAGUACGCCAACAGCUUGAAUGUCGACGAGAACGUCAAGCUUUGGCUCAAGAAGAUGGCAAUCUUUCACAUGCACGGCGUCCGGUACCACGCAUACGCGAGAAUCGGGGACCAUCCGGGAGCUAAGGAACCCGCGACCAUCCGGCUUUUCGAGGGGGCGAGACUGCUGAACUUCACGUUCGUGAAGGGGCACCAACUGGAGGAUCGGACGUACACAUCCUAGCAGAAGUGCUUCCGUUCGUGACACCAACCGUGGUCGCCCUCGUAGAAGAGAUGGAUGCGUACAACGUCGCGGCGGCUGAGACGGAUGCCGGCUGCGAUUUGUGGGCUUUCUGGCAUGACAACAGGCUUAAACUAUCUGCUUGGCACAACGUAGUCCAAGACGUAGCCUUGAUCCAACCCUCUUCCGCUUUCAUGGAACGGGUGUUUUCUGUCCUUCGUGCUUGCGUGGACGACAGGCAGGAGCAUUGUCUCGUAGACCGGAUUGAGGCGGCGGCCCUCCUUAAGUACAACAGGUCUCAGGAGUGCUUGAAGGUAUUUUUCUGUUGCCCUUGCUAUUUGGUUUACAGUGCAAGGCCUUAAGACCUACAGCGGAGAAAGUGGUACGGUUGGCUUUUGCUUUCUGCCGUCUCAUCUUGCUAACCUGCUGAGGAAUUGCCGCUUCCGCUUGCUGUGGGUGCUCCGCAUUGAGACUGGUGAUGUAGAGCUCGUUGGCCGCAGAUAAUGAAGUACUCCUACUUCGUAUAUACUCCGUACUACUUCGAGUAGUACUCGUUUUGGGGACCAGUUUUCGAAGGAGUGAGACGACUGUGAUGAAGGUAACGAGAGCCGAGAGUCUUCGAAAACACAAAACUGCUGA